AAAUGGAAGGUUGGUGUUAUCAUUGGAAAUUCUGGAGAAACUAUAAAGCAUAUCCAACUUCAGUCAGGGGCAAAGAUCCAAGUAACAAGGGACAUGGAUGUUCAAUCCAGGUCACAGACAAGAUUGGCUGAUCUUUCGGGCACUCCUAACCAGAUAAGCAGAGCUGAGCAAUUGAUAAGUGAUGUUCUUGCAGAGGUUGAUGCUAACUCAUUUGGCACUAUCUCUAAUUGGAAGUACAAUGCACCUCAACCUAGUGUUGAGCAAUUCCAGAUGCAAAUUGCUAACAAGUGCGAUGGUGUGGUGGCUCGUGCGGCAUGCGGUGGCCUCAGAAGGUGGGCGCCAACACUUGCAGCUUGUGCACAAUGGCAACUCCACGCAUCUCCUGCGCCAGGAGCAAGGAUGCUGAGGCGGUUCAGAUGGGUUGGAGCACAAGGCAGCGCUCACGUCGCCAUGGGGUUGAGCUGCACGGGAGGGGGAUAAGGUCGGGUAGGAGGCAAGGUAUGUGCUGUCCAUGUUUUUCUCUUUGCAUUUCCGCCCUACUGUCCAUCUGUUAAUUGUGGGAGUGGAUUUAUGCCAUCAUGGUAAGACAUGUAUGUUGACAUUUGAGUUAAUUGUUUGGAAACAGAUAAUUAUAUAUGUAUUCCCAAUAUUUUUUAUGUUUGAACCCACCAAUUUUGUAAAAGGAGUAGAGAGAAGGAUACAUGUGUAAUUUGCUUGAUGUUGCAGCAGAUGGAUUCUUGAUGUUUUUCAAUAUAAGCAUAGAUGGAUAGGUACAGAUUCGAGGAAAGACCAAUAAUGUAAUUAUUUAAUAAGUUCUAUACUUUAAAACACUGUCAUGUUUGCUUUCACUAAAAUUGCUUCUUGCAUUGUUUCCGUGUUAAAUGUGUAUUUGUAUGCGAGCCUUGCACACUAAAGUAUGUUUAUUUGACAUAUAUACACAGUACUUCUGUUUAUACAUUGCAUUCAGGGUUCAGUUUGUACUUGUGAUAAAUUAGAUACUACCAUUUAGUAAAUGUUGUGGUCCAUAGCAUCGAUGCAUAGCUUAUGGUUUCCUCUGUCUUGAUUUUUUUCCCUUUACAUCAUUUCAAUGCUCUGCAUUAGUGUCAAUGACCCAACAGUUCUCUGCUUUUUUUUUUCGAAACGGCAGUUCUCUGCUUUUUAAUGUUUCAUAUAUUUUCAUGUUACAUAAUCUUUUUGUGCUCUCUUGAUUUAAAGUAGCAGGUACCUGUUAAACUUGGAGAUGAUUUUCUUGGUGUAGUUAUAAAUUAUCUGACAUUCCUUCAGGCAAAAUGUUUUUCUCUGAAGCCUGGGCAUAUUGGUUGUCUGGUUGGCUCUUUACUAGCAGGAAGAUAACUACUACGUGUUGCUCAGUUAUUAGCAGAUUUGAGUGUAUGACUGAUCUUAUGUUCACCCAAACUUAAAGGUUUCUAAACACUAGGCUCUUGGGACUUAUUUCUAAGGGUUAGGUUCUUUUGGAUUCAUGUACUCUGAUGCUACAGCCUAGGUAAAGCUCCUUCACAAUAGUGUUUAAAGCUUAAAUUGACGACUCCACUAGAGUUCAAGCAUUCGGCUCUCUGCUCUGUGUAUUACCAAGUGUUCUAUGUACUGCUUCAUAGUCCCAAUGUGACUUAUUCGUUUUCUUUGCUGCCGGUGAUAUUUAAUAUUCAGUCAGAUCUUGGAGGAAA